ACUUUCUAAAUUGGAAAGUAAAACCACUACUAUACUGACAAAAACUGACAACAGCCAAAGUCAAUGAAAAUGUAGUAAAGUAAAUUCAAAAAAAAAUAAACAAUUAAGAUGCCCAGUUUUCAAAAUUCUAGUGCUUGUAAUAAUUGAACGCAUUGAAUAAUGUUAAAAUGUAAAUCGAUUUAAACAAAGUAAAUUACAGCAUCCGUAACAUGGAUGCAGCGGCGUCUUCUAAAAUCGAUGACGAUUUUAACAAACUACUUGAUAAUUAUUUAAAGAUUGAUACAGACACGUUUUCAACGCGCUCGAAACAAAGAAGAUCAGUAAUAAAGUACACUAAAUUACCAGAUUAUGAUUUCAACUCAAACGUGUCAUGGGACAAAGGAACAUACUUUCAGCAGCCAAGAGUACGUCGUAUUAUAACACUUGAAGAUGAAGAAUCAAAGACAAGUAGGUCGUUGAAGCCGGACACCAUAUCUGUUCAAACAGGCAGAAUGGCAAACAGCAAUUCCAAAAGAAAAAUUGUAACUAUCAGUGAAGAUGAUGAAAAUGAUUUUCAUCCUAGAUUCUUCAAAGAUCGCAAAUCGAACUCUGUCAAAACAUCUAGUCGGUCCGUUGCAACAGAUUUUAAAGAAGAAAAGCAGAAUUCACAGCGAAGCACGUCGAGAUUAUCAACAUCUACAAAAUGUAACAAAGGAACUAAGGCUGGCACCAAAACCACUAAUUUAUACAAUUCUAAGAAAUCGAACACGAAAGAAAAACAAUCUUUCGAUACGACUGAAAGUAAUAUUAAAAUGCGCAAUCUCAAAGACAAAGAUAACAUUUACAAUAAUCGGAGCACGUAUUCGCCCGUUAAAAUUAAUCUCAGUAAAAACAUAGUCGACACGGAUGAGAACAGUAAGGAAUUAGAUAUGGCAAAAACGAACAUCCGCGACAAUCGUAGAGCCGAUAGUUCAGCGAGGAGGGUGAAGACUCACACAGGGAAGACGUCCAUGCAAUCCAACAAAAAUAACGUGAAAAUAUUGAAACAGACGCAAAACAAACCGAUAACUAUAAUUCAUGUACCGUUCGAAGAGAAAUGCGAAACGCGUCGCAACGAACACAAAAACGUUGCUCCUAAACGAAUCCAGAAAACGAACACGAUCGAUUGCGGUACAGAUAUGCGGGAUUUCGUAUAUUUUGAGGACGUUCACAUCAAUACCGAACCCCUCCCGCCCACCGUCGACCGAAUGACGGGCAUGGACGAAUUCGACUGCAGUCCCGUCUACAAAAGCAUGCAAAGCACCGACGCACAGACCGAACUAAUCAAGGCAACGUUCGACAGUCUUGAAAUACCAAACGUCACAUUAACUAAAGAACACAACAAGUACCAGCAAAGUGAAUCGCUACCAAACAUGAAAAUUCCGUCUAUGAAAACGACGUCCGAUCAGGACGACGAUUCGUUUGUUCGCAAGACCGGUUCCUAUAUAAUAAGUCGUGCCACUUUAACUUAUACAACCAAACAGAAGAUCAACAUUCAAGUCGUCAGCAGUAGCGACGAAGCCGCCUCUGUACCCUCAUCUAGUCCAAUGUCUUACCCUAUGAACGUUAUAUCGGUUUUUAAAAAUGAAAUAAAAAAGAAUAGAGACGCAAUGAAUACAUCACAAUUUAUUACGAAUCACAAUAAUGAAGAAACUAAAGAUAAUGAAGACGAUAAGGAACAUAAAUGUCGCAACGAAAUCAAGUCAUUACAUUACUCGCACGCCUCCGACACCUACAAGUUGAUGAAACCUUCGGAAAUAAUUAGUUCUAUAAAAGUGAACAGUUUGGCGCAGAGCGACUUCAUGUGCGAACAGUUCCAGAGGGAAUUCAACUUCAUUGAUUCAUUUUUUGAAUCCCUACAAUAUUUAGAAAACUGUUCGUUGUCGAAUAAAUGUUUGUCGACGAAUAAAGUUGAAAAUUUGAUUAAAAAUCCGAUUUUAUACGAUUCCGAUUUUGACAUCAAGGCCACUGAAUAUUUAGAAUUGUUACCGAAAUUCGAAAAUGGCACUAGUCUCGAGAAUGGCCAAACAAUGGCAACGAAGAGCCUUUGUCUGCUCAAUUUACUCAUACGCGAUGAGCAAAGGCGAGCCAGAAAUCUCUUGUAUGUACUUAAGAUGCGUGAAGACGCUCUGAAGGACUUCACAAAAUCGCAAAUAUUAUGGCUAGAAAAUAAGAAAAAACACGAAAACACUGACGUGUCGACGUUAAAGAAGAAACAGCGCGGCGCUCUUUUAAAAUUACAGCACGAAUGUGGGGAAAUGCAUCGUAUGCGUAAAGCACUGUUGACGCUUUCGGAAAAACGUAAAGACGCCCUAAUCAAGACCAAGAAGAACAUUGAACUCAAAUUGAAAAACAACGUAGACGUUGAGCAUCUAAUCGAGAAAAAGAAAUUGAAAAGGAACGGUUCAGAUAGGAACAUCGUUCCGUUGAAGUGCUUCGAUUUGUCUAGUAGUGGGUGCGAGGAGACCUUAACCUCUCGGUCCACUUCCGAAAUCGCAAUCCGCAAUACGGACAUCGCCAAUGUUACGUCUGUUAGCAUUAAAAGUGCAGAAAAAAGUAUACAAACUGGUGACAGUAUUUUAGAAACAUUAAUGACUGCGCCCACUGACGCCGCCGCGGAGAAUUUCGUUGUAGUCGACGGCGGCUACCUUAAUAUAAUUUUCCAUAAUUUAACAUUACCGCAGAUCUUCAGUAAUGGCAAACAGUACGAGGUGAACGAGGAAGCGUUGAGGAACAUAGUAAACUCGUCAAAUCAAAAUCAGUUAAGCGGCAAUGAAGUUGUGAAUAAUUUAAUGGAGCAAAUACAAAAAGGUGAUAUAGAAAUGACUAGCACUCCAUCCACAGCCCGUAGUCUCGUCGAGGAGUUCGAUCAGUAUUACAAGAGUUUUGUAGAAGAGGAGAUACAACUGAACAGGCCCGAACGAGAAUACAAACCCCCAGUUGUUUGCGAAAUUGAGGACAAAUAUGUGCAGGUGUCUCUUCCGAAACUGGCACCUAUCGAGCCUCGCAGUUACCAAAGCGCCUCAACAAUGACCUGUGACAGCAGUGACGACAAUGAUGACAUACUAGAGAAUCUGUGUACUUAUGAUAUGGUUCCAAUAAAUAAACCAGAAUAUCCAGAGCUUGAAGAGACGAUUCCGCAGACUGGUCCUUUACCUGUCCCUGUAGGCGCUUCAUAUGUACCGGAACCUCAAACGCUUGAUAGCACCUCUUGGUCUCAGAUAAAUACUUCUCCAUCACCUCUUGAACAGUGCAGUAGCAGACAGACAUUUGAUGAUAAUAUAUCAAUGUCAUCAAUGGUGUCACCUGUGCAAUAUGAUAAUAUAUCAAUGUCAUCCAUGGUGUCACCCGUCCAAUAUGAAGCUGAAGAAUUGCGAAGACAGCAGCUAGCUAUAGAGAGAGAAAUAAAGGCAUUAGAACAGGAACAAUGCAGGCUGCUGGUUGUACGAGAAAUACCAGACAAGCCUCCGCCACCGUAUACUCCACCUGCAGAUCCACGAAUUCCGAAACGACCACGUAUGUUCCUCGCUGACGAAAAGACAAACGAAAUAAUAUAUGAACAUAUUAAUCACCCUGCAAGUGCCGCAAUAGAACCCACCGAACCGUUCGACGUAUUCCUCAAAGACUUUUGCGAGGAAACGUGCGAAAGACAUAAACAAGUUCAGAGUGAUAAGCCAUGGGAUGCGUGCAAUUUAUUACCACAAAAACCUCAGAUCGUCGGAGAUAAAUUACUUAAGGAAAUUUCUAUGGAGUUAACUGAAGUUUUGAGCGGUGUCAAGCCCACCGUAGUCUCAGGUGUAGCAGGUCGCCGUUCUGACCAUAUUGAUGAUAUAUUGUUUGCGGAGUGGCGCCGCUGCGAGCCUGAAUGGACUUCGCUACACACAGACGAAGCGACCGUCAAAAAUCAAAUCUUCGAAAGCAUUUUCCAGAGAAUCUUAACCGAAACGAUAGACGAGUAUAAAAAGACUGUGAUGUGUGACAGUAAACCUGACCACAAUACCUAAACUACGUUACAUUACAAUUUUUAAAAUAGUAUAAUUAAUAAACUUUACUUCAAUCAAAUCCUUAGUCAAAUAUAUUUAUAAUAAGUUGUCAAUCUUAUGAAUUAUGUCAAUGUCAUUUGUGUUUGCGUUUUUUAAAAUUUGAUGAUAGGAGUAAGAGUUUGUUUCUAAAAAACCGCCGCUUAAAAUUAAUCACAAGUAUUGAUUAAUUGAAUUUAGGACAUCAUUUAUUGUGACGGCGUGACAGAUCAAAGUAUGCUUUGAAAAGAUGAUGCCAAAAACAGAUUACAAUUCACAAGUAACAGUUCUAUGAAAUAGAGCUAAAGUAAAAACUAAUGAUAAUUCAACCGGAUCCAUUCCAGUUCCGCAUUCCAAUAUUUUGCAUUCAUUUCACACUGAUUAUCGUGUGUCUAAGUAAUCAAAAUAGAAUAUUACCAUCAAUGAAAAAGUAUAAUUAACAAAAAAUAACAAUAAAUGGAAAUUUAAUAACGAUCCUGCAAAACUCGAAGUUUUGCUUUUAAAACGUACCUUCACAAAAUGUCUCAGUUCGAUCUUAUUAAAGCUAUUACCAUGACACAUACUCUUACUUUUAUUAAAAUCAAUGACCUCAGAAAUUUUAUUGCUCGAAAUCCUAGAGAGAAGGAACUUGAAAAAAUGUUUUAUUGAAAUAAGUUUUGUGAGUGUUUUUAAAUUGAAACUCUUAUUUAAUUAGUUGUGUUAAAUGUGUUAUGUAAUUUAUUAAGAACCAAAAAAUAGUUAAAUCUUAUUGUAUAUUGAGAUUAACUUGUUGAGGCGUCUGUAUACUAGGGAAUUAAAUAAGUUGCAUGUUAAAGCUAUUGCUUAAAUGGAAAAAUACAAUAGUGUAGUUUGUUUGUUUAAAUUAUUUAUUCAGCAAUGUUAUAUUAUGACAAAAUAUCACAAAUUGUAGUUGAUCAUAAUAAUCGUUACUUAGAUAUAAUAAUUAUACAUGUAUGUAUAUUUGUCAAAUGCAUUUAAAUUCCAUUAUAAUGUAACCUGUAGGCAAGCAAUAUACUAUUCCACUAUA